AUGUCCUUCAGGAGCAUUCGACUUCGUACUUCCGCCCCUCACGGGUCUCGGCGGGACGGUGACCCCCUCGACAUUACAGGCGCCGGGUGGGCUUCGCUCGAGCAGAAAUUCAACGAACUCGUGCGGCUGAUGGACGGACCGGCCAACGGGGUCAACGCCCUCGCGGCCCGCAUUGCCCACGGUGAGCGCGUCUCGACUGUCAUCGCCCAACUCCUCGAUCGCGCCCAGGAUGAGAGCCGUCGACUUCUCGUGGAGGGCGACGGGGAGGCGGCGGCGGAGGCGGGCGUCAAGACUCUACGACUGAAGGAGCGUUUUUACGGUAAAGCAAGUGUGAAGCUCGUUCCAGCCUACUUUCAUCUGGCCCGCACUAAUCAAUACCUGGGACGAUAUGGAAAUGCAGAAGAGAUGCUCUCGUUGGCGCACUUUAUUAUUCUAAAUAACCCGGAUGAAGUUGGAACAGAUGUAAAGGCAGAACUUCAUCAAACUUUUGGACUCUUGUACGCCGCAGAUAAUAAAUUAGAGGCGGCUGUAAAACAUUUAACCACCGCUACGUAUUAUCUUAGUGUACUAAAUGGUCCGGAACAUGUAUUAACAACAUUCGGAUACUUUGAUUUGGCAAAUGUAUUUGCGACUCAAGCUAGUAUGGAGGCGGCAAUGGCACUCUAUGACACGGUAAAAAAUAUAUGGAUUCGGCACUUGCGUGGUGUUCUGAAGGAUAUCGUAGAAGAAAUGCUAGUUGCAAGAUCUGUAAAACGUUAUGAAGAUGAUGAAGUAGUACAGGAAGCUGGCUACGCAUCUGCAAGAGCUUUUGGGAAAGAUAAUUUAGCUGAUGUUUCCAAAAUGCUUCAUGGUAUACUUAACAUUCAAAAGGAACGUUUCGCUUCUUCGCAUCCAACAACAGCGCGAGCUCAGUUUGUGCUUGGUCUAUUCCUUCUUUGGGUAAGCAAAAAAGAAGAAGCUGCGCGACAUUUGCGCGCGGCCCGGGCGAUUUCUCAACGAUUCCAUGGUGAGAGGCACCCAGUAGUGCAAGAAAUUGAAGAGUGGUGUGAAUGGUUUGAAAUUCCUUUUGAAGAUGUUAAGUCGUUAAAACUCAAGCACGAACAAAAACAAGAAGAAGAGCAAAAACAACUGACUCGAGUACUGUUACAAGCAGAGGAAUAUCAAGAACCGAAGGAAGAAGAACAAGAACAACAAGAACAGGAACAAGAGGAACAACCACACUCGUAG